CGGUAGGCGGUAGCUGAUAAACUCUGACUGAUACUCUGAUAAACUGUCGCACAAAUAAGAGACUUCUGCAGUAAAAUAAUGAAUUAGGCAAUUCUGCCUCUUGACUAAUCUAAAUUAUCACUAAGCUAAUGUGUGUUAUGUGAUAAGUGCGAUCUGUAGAGUGGAUAGCAGAGAUUUUCCAAAUGGCCAAAUCAUGGAAUUUCGUUUUCGUACUGGUGUGGCUAUCGGUUAUUCUCGGAGCUGGUAUACACCUGUUCUCCAAAGGCUUCCUGCUGACCCGAAUAGCGCAAACAGAUUAUAGCACUUGCCUGCGAUAUGAAGAUUAUCAGUGCCCGGUAAAAGCAGGCUCAAGCAUACCGUGCAACAGCUCUGAAAAAGUCCGUUCGAUAUUGCGGGACGUCAACCAAUCCGCAAACAUUUGCCUUCCGCAGAAAAGCAAAGUGAUUGUGCUUCUGAUAGACGCGCUGCGAUACGAUUUCGGAGUUAUCCAUCCAUCGAAGGAACAGCUUUAUCAAAACCAGCUAACGAUCCUGCAGGAGCUACGAAAUCGUUACCCAGAUCGCACACGAAUGUUGCGCUUCAUAGCGGAUCCUCCUACGACAACUUUGCAACGAUUGAAGGGUAUGACAACCGGCAGUCUGCCCACGUUUAUAGACAUCGGAUCUAAUUUUGCAUCGCCGGAAAUCAACGAGGAUAACAUUGUUGACCAGUGGGUGCGAGCUAACAAAACGGGAGUGUUUUUGGGAGACAGCACUUGGACGGAGUUGUUUCCACAACGAUUUCAAAGAAAGUUCGAUUAUCCGAGCUUCAAUAUUCACGAUUUGGACACGGUUGAUAGCGCUAUCGAAAAGUUGCUCCCGCAGGAAAUACAGCGGAACGAUUGGGAUAUAAUUGUGGCGCACUUUUUAGGUGUCGAUCAUUGCGGUCACCGAUACGGACCCAAACACGUAGAAAUGGGUCGGAAGCUGCGGGAAAUGAAUGAAGUUAUUCGAAAUGUAACUGAUCUGAUGGACGCAGAAACUACACUGAUUGUGAUCGGUGACCACGGAAUGACACAAACUGGUGAUCAUGGGGGUGAAUCGACCGAAGAAGUUGAAGCGUUGUUUUUCAUGUAUUCCAAAGGAACCCCACUUCUGCCGGAGGAAUAUGAUGGUUUUAGUAAGGAAAUACAGCAAAUUGACCUGGUUCCACUGCUGUCCAAUUUACUAGGCACCCCGGUGCCGUACUCCAACCUAGGGUUGAUAAACUUUCAACUGCUUCCGGAAGUGCAAGUUGAUACAUUUUUACGUUAUCAGUUGGCACUUCUUCAUUUGUGGCAGAAUGCACGGCAAAUUCAGACCUACUUCCAACAAUAUGCAGGAGCUAAUCAAGGCACUUUCACCGUUGAUCAAUUAGAUGAGUUGGAGAAUAAGUUUCUCAUUCUUACACAACGAGUUAAUACCGUUUACACGGAAGCUGCCUUCCAAAGUCUUUCCAAGGAUCUGCGGCUGUAUUUGAAAGAUAUACUGGAAAGUUGUCGCGACAUUUGGGUGAAGUUUGAUCCCCUGCUCAUAUCUCACGGUCUACUGAUAACGUUUUUGUGCUGCUUCGCCAUUUUUCUGUUGAUCGCCAACUCAAACCCCAACCGUCUGGGGCAAAUCUUCAACGGUACCACAAUUUACUACAUUGUCGUGCUUAAUUUUAUGGCUGCUGCAUCCGGAUUUUUCUUCUAUCGGGACUUCAGUCUCACAUCGGCCGAACACGGAAUUAUUUUCUUCGCCUCGCUGACCUCGAUUGCAGUUCUCUUCUUUCUAGUCAUUAAAAAUUGGAUCAACAUUACCGAAGUUCUAAGCCAGCAUCAGCACUCGAAGAAUUUUGUCACCAGGAUAUCGUUCGUGUUCACAACGUGUGUAUUCUUUUCCAAUAGUUUCAUCGUUGAGGAGCAAAAAAUCUUGUCCUACGUGCUUAUCGGGUUCUUUCUGCUUGCCUUGUGGAAUGUACAGAUGAAUAGCCGCUUCAAGGUGACACGGUUCCGAUGGCCGGUAUUGCGGAAAUCAGCUCUCCUGAAGCUGCUUGGGUUAGCCGUGUUUGGUAUUCUGCUGGUAAGGAUGUCAGGAAACUAUUUUCGAUGCCGUGAGGAGCAAGGAAAUUGCACGGAUUACAUUAUGACUGCGCCAACACCAGAUGCAAUGCGACGAUCGGCUGGGACGCAGUUUUACGGAUUCCCUGCCCUUGCUCUCGUAUCGUACGUUGUUUGUGCUCGACUUUAUCUGAAAACAUGCGGUAACUUGACUGGGAAUGCUGUUAAUGUGUUACUGGCCAGGUACGGCCCAAUAGUUGGAGCAGUCUGCAGCUGUGGUCAUUUUAUUUUAUCUAAAACUAACACCAAAGGAAUACCGCAAAUUCAUAUCGAUGCUCUCGCGUGGGUUGUCUACGUUUUGCUAAUAGUGCAAAUCCUGACGGUGUCAAUUACACCUUUGAUGGUCUACAUCUUACCUAAACGAAGAGAAAUGAUGAAUAUUCUGUACGGCGAACGUAAUUUAGCCCCGGAGAUCUACCGACAGCUUCGAGAUAACUACAAUUCGCCGAAUGCAGCCCCAUCAGAUGAGGUUCCAAUCGUUUGCGGUUUAGCAACCGUUUACUCAUCCGUUUUUAUUGCAAUCGGAAUCUUCCUAACCCUUCUAUUGGCUCUUUUGCUUGGGUCAAAUGGAACGGCAGGCCUUAUAAUCUCCCUGGUAGUUACGAUAUGCUACGGUAUUAUCACUUCCAUUCUACAGUAUGAAAAUUCCUCGAAUCUGCAAACUUGCUUGCAACCGACAUUCACCACUCUGAUCUCUUGGAUUACACUCAUGCAGUUCGGUUUUUAUGCAACCUCCCACCAACCCACAAUGUCUCAAAUCGACUGGAGCGCGGCUUUCAUCGGCAGAACCUGGUACUACGAUAACAAUAAUAUCAUUUCGGCCAUCCUGGUACUACUGAAUACAUUUUCGAUGUCCUUCAUGCUGUCGCUACUGUUCCCGCUAAUCAUUUUCACCCCUUUCUGCGUGUACACCAUGUGGCCUUCCUUGGCGCAAAAAAUCUGCCAAAAGUCGACCGCCAGCGGUCCCAAGCGGGGUCCAAAAGCAACGCGCAAAACCGAAACCGGCAGUGUCGAGUACCGAUCGGUGACCGUCAAUGAGCCGGAUGAUGGAACGGACAACGCUAGCGCAACCGGUAGCGAGACCGACUUUGAUGUGACGAAAGGUGAAAUUAAUCUGUACGAAAAUGAAAAAGCAUUUCUCGGGACCGUCUUCAAGACCGGUUGCCAGCUGCUGCUUAUUCAGGGAAUUCGGAUAUUUUGCGCCAUGUUUGCCUGCACGCUACACUGCCGCCACCUGAUGGUGUGGAAAAUCUUCGCCCCUCGAUUCAUAUACGAAGGUAUUGGUAGCUACAUUGUGUUCAUUGGUCUAAAUUUGGGCUUUUUGCUGCUACUGCGUGUACACCGAGCCGUCAAUACGCUGAUUACUCGGAUCAAUAAAGAUCGAUAAGAAAGAGGAGCGAAAUCCCAGUCAAGCGUCAAAUACGGAAGAUCUAGUCGUAUUUUUUUUCCAGGUGACGUGUAUUAACUCGUAGAUAUAUAUUGUUUUAUUUCGUCCGAUUAACUUUAAACGAUGCCUAGCAGGUAAUUGUUUCGAUAGUAGUUUAAUAUUUCGUUCGUGAACUGCGAAUCAAAUUGGUUCGAACUUCGACGAUAAGUUCAUUAAAGCAUUUAGCUCUGGACGUAAUGGUUCGUUGUCCAAGAAGUUGAUCACAUA